AUGGUUGAUAUCAUCGUUGGCGAAACAGCAGAAUUCUGGCACCUCCACGAGUCCCUCCUCUGCGAGGCAUCACUCUUCUUCAAAGCCGCGAUCCACAGCUCAUUCCGAGAAGGCAAAGAGAAAAAAGUGGGCCUGCCAGAGGAAAAGAAUCACAUCUUUGCUCUCUUCGUCCAAUGGAUCUACUCUGGAACUUUUGCCGUUCAUGGAAUGGACCUGCUUAUCGAGACCUAUCUUCUCGGCGACCGUCUACUGGCAACUGACUUUAGCAAGCUGGUAAUUACAAAGAUCUUCGAUGCGUCCAAGUGGCAGACAUUCACGGCAGUGCAGGCUGUGUAUGUUGGCGAGAACACAACCAGGUCUUGUCCACUGCGGAGAUUGGUCGUGGACACGAUUGCGUAUUCGCUGCUGUCUGGGACCGGGUUUUCUCAGGAUGGCUGGCAUACAAUGAAGGGCCUUCAUGAUGAGUUGUUUCAAGCCCUUAACAAUUUUACAGCGUGGAAUGCCCCUGGGAAAGUUUUCAAUCCGAAGCCGCUGUGCUCAUAUCUUGACUAG